AUGCAGCUGGCUGAAGAAGAAGAAUGUCCGGAUAUGAGGGAAAACGAUAAUAUUGCUAAUACUACUGUUAGUGGUACCAAUAAAAACGAGGAAAAAAGCAGUACUGCUGCUGCUGCUUCAAGACAGGACAAUUUUAAAAAAAACGCAUCGUAUUUUGCGGCAAGCAAUCGCAGUUGGCUUCUGAGACUGUUUGAAUCGGAUCUUUUCGAUAUACGAAUUGCAAUACGUUAUCUUUCAAGCUAUAAAGAAGCAGGUGUUUUAAAUUAUUUAGGAAACCGUUUAUUCGAUUUACCGUCAGAAAUGGUGGAUUUUUACGUCCCGCAGCUUAUACUGUUGUAUCUAAAUGUGCGUGAAAUAGCCGAAGUAACCCAUCCGUAUAUCGUAAAAAGGUCCGUUAUCGUUUAA